AUCCCUCUUCAUCUGCGCCACACUCGCCCCUAUCCCCUGGCCAAGGGUCAAAUCUACCGCCUCUCAACCGUCAAUCGUCCUUCGUUGGACAAACAGGUUAUCAACACAUGGGCUAUUCGACGGCUGGGCCUGCCUAUGCCCCACCACCCUUCGGUGCCGCUCAAUCGAUGUAUUCCUCUCCCUAUCCGACGCCGUAUCCUCAGUCGUAUGUUCCCUCGACUGAACAGGAAGCUUCAGGCGCAUGGUGGUACUUGCCACCUGGCGCCACUGGAUCGAUGCCGUACGAGAACAUGCAGGGAUCUUUUCCAUCACCAUACGGAAUGCCCUACCAGCCGCAAAAUCUCCCCGAAUCUGAGGGAGCGACUGGGUCGUUCGCGUUUCCUACUUCGCCGUCCGCUUCUCGACCUUCGCCAUCAUUUGGCGGCCCUGCUGGGAAUCAUGGCCGAGAGCCACCCUUUGCCCGAUCUGUCGCCGCGCCGCAAGGCCCUCCUGCACCUUCUACGGCCGAGCAGCCACAACCUCCUGGCCUGACGGCGCCGGUAGGAGACGUCCGCCCUCAUCCAGGACGCAAACCGUAUCAUCCCAAUCCUCCUGCCCAACGAUCAGAAUGGGUAAUGUGGGCAGGCAACGUGCCAUCGGAUGCGACACAAGACGAGCUGUGGAGGUUCUUCAGUCAGCAGACGGUUUCCGGACGACGUCCUCCACCUGAGAGUACCUCAGGAGCGAAUACGGAUUCAAUUUAUGGUGGCGUGUCCUCUAUAUUCCUUAUCUCGCGCUCAAACUGUGCGUUCGUCAACUUCGAGUCGGAACGACACCUCGAAGCCGCCACUGUCAGGUUCAACGGCCAACCUCUUCGCCCUGCGGACCCUCGGUGUCCCCGUUUGGUUUGCAGAAUAAGAAGGAGGACCGACGAUCUUCGGGCCGGAGUGGGUGGUCAGCGAGGGCAGGGUAUUCACUCGAGGUGGGUUCGGGAUCAAAAGGAGCAGCUUCGGCAGGCGCAAGAUGCAGAACCGGACCCGUCACUUUCUCCAGAAGAAGCGGCCGCUAAGCUUCAGGGUCUCGCUCUCGAUAACGACGAAUCACCGACGGCUCCGGGAGGCUCCAAGCGCAAUACGACGGGUACAGGACAUUCCAGUUCCGGGUCCACGACAUCAAGUAUGCUCGUCCGGUAUUUCCCUCAACGAUAUUUCAUUCUGAAGUCGUUGACGCAGUUCGACCUUGACCUCAGCGUUCAGCGAGGGCUCUGGGCCACACAACGCCACAACGAAGGUAUAUUGGACCAGGCUUUCCGGACGAGCAAGGACGUCUUUCUCAUUUUUGGAGUCAACAAAAGUGGCGAGUUCUAUGGUUAUGCACGAAUGGCUGGACCUAUUUCACGAGGCGAACACCGCGUGUCAUGGGCCUCUCCUCCGGCUUCGCUCUCGCCCAGCUCGGUCAUCAGCCAGCGCCCUCAAAUGUUCAGUGGCAUGUCGGACGAACUUCACAAUAGGCGGUCAGAAAGCGGCUAUAUCCUUCCACCAACGGACGAGCACCGUGUAGACGAAUCGCCUUUGCCUGUCUCCAGCUCACAAGACAAACCCUCUCUUGCACUCGGCGCGGAACAACGCACACCCCUCACCACGAAUCAGCAAGGACAGAUCCUCUCUGCGCCAGCUGAGUUGCGCGAUCCGCACCGCAAGCUCACGACCACAGGAGGGAAGAAGCCCCAACCGGGUCUUAGCUUGGAUGAGCGGAGAAGUUCUCCCAUCGAGUUGGACGAGGCAGCUCCGCUUCGUGCACUCAAGAACCCGCCGUCAGAUGAUAUUCUGGAAAAAGUCAGCGCCGGUCAGCAUUCUGAACCACUCUUACAGCGUUCUUCCUUGGGGCGCGUCGAAGAGGAGGAUGACGACGGCGACGGUAGGGAGAGGAGAACCACUUCCCCUUCUAAGCCGAUUCAGAACCGACCCGGUGACGAUUCUCCUGCUUCUCCUUCCGCGAGUCAUGCCGAACCCUUUGCUACCGCAGCAUCUGCCCAUGAUCCAACUACGCCGGACCAGGAUCCAGACGUCUGGGGAGAACCGUUCAAGAUCGAGUGGGUACGGACAGAUCGCUUGCCUUUCUUCCGCACGCGGCAUUUGCGGAACCCUUGGAACCACGGGCGGGAGGUGAAGGUGUCUAGAGAUGGGACGGAGAUAGAGCCUGGAGUAGGGAAGGAACUGUUGGAAGAGUGGGACCGUCCCCCGCCCUCACCUAGUUCCAGCGCCCCGCCGACGACUCCUGCGACACGACCUCAACGGCGUGGAUCUCGCCCACCAUUUUAUCACCCACCCUGACAAUGAGAUUUCUUUCUAUCGGACACGUUUUUCUUUUCUUUUCUUUUUUUUCGGGUGCGCAAUCGCGUUGUUGUUUUCAUCACAAGGGCUACCCGAGAUUCUUCAAAACCUCGCAUCGAGGACUUUUUCAUCACGCACGUACACGAACGCAUUCAUUCAGCAGCAUCAUACACGCAUACACGAUACGACUUUCGAUUCACUAACGCUCAACCAUCCACCGCAUACUACAAGGCUUCCAUCUCCUCCCUUGCCUCUACAUCUUGAUUUGUGUUAUCUUUUCCUCCAUCCGUCUCUCUCAUUCUGUCUCAUCGGAGUAGUCGGCAUGAACCCUUUGUUAAUCACGAAAGAAGCAUUGGUUGUCGCUCAUUUCCCCUUAUAAACCCCCAAUCCCAUCCUAAAUUCCCCACCCUGCAAUUCACGUAUUAUUUGCUCCCUCGUCUUUCAUACUAUCGGUAUUUGGUCGCUCAUCUCUGCUUUCGCUCUUGCUGGGCCUGCUGUUUGUCGAAGUUUCCUCGUCCUUCGCUCUCGCUAUUACAUCCCUCAAUCAUAGUUACUACCCAUCCCCUAUUCCCC